AUGGCGACCUCCAAGAACGAAGGUGAAUUGAAGAUCGUUACACCCAUUGGAAUGCUCGGCUAUGGCUUCAAUGAAGAUCUCCUUUGGGAAGCGCUCGAGGGAGGCGUCGAUGCAAUCAUCGCCGAUAGCGGUUCAACCGACAGUGGACCGCAGAAACUCGCCCUAGGUCAUACAACCGUGACUAGAGAGGGCUACGAACACGACCUCAAUCUGCUUCUCGCAGCAUGUCAUGUACAUCGCGUUACUAUCCUCAUUGGUUCUGCCGGAGGUGAUGGAGCGAACGAUCAUGUUGAUUUUUUUGUUGACAUCAUGAGGGAUCUGAUAUCAAAGAAAGGCUAUCGUGCAAUGAAAAUUGUCAGUAUCUAUUCAGAAAUCGACAAAAGUCUGGUGAAAUCAAAGCUGGAGUGUGGCCAAGUUGUCCCCUGCAGCAAAGCAGUCCCGUUGCUCAAAUCUUCCGACAUUGACGAUACCACGCGAAUUGUUGCACAAAUGGGACUAGAGCCUUAUGUGAAGGCCAUGGAAGAGAAUCCUGAUUUUGAUAUCAUCGUCGGGGGUCGUGCAUAUGACCCGUCACCAUACGCUGCAUUCUGUGUCCAUCGUGGCUUUCCCGAUCUCGGCAUCGCAUAUCAUAUGGGAAAGAUUAUGGAAUGCGGGGCUUUGUGUGCUGUUCCGAAGAGCCAGUCUGCAAUGGCCACUAUACGAAAGAAUAGCUUUGACAUAGUUCCGCUCGACCCUGCAGCACGUUGCACAGUCACUUCAGUUGCCGCUCAUACAUUGUAUGAGAAGACACGACCAGAUAUUUUGGUUGGCCCAGGUGGAACCCUCUACCUUGAACACGCAACUUAUGAAGCUCUGGAAGACAAUCGAACUGUCCGCGUACGUGGGGGCAAGUUUGUCGCGGCAGAUCCUUACACAGUCAAGCUCGAAGGGGCUCGGGUGCUAGGAUACCGAACCACCUUUUUUGGCGGUAUCCGGGAUCCCAUAUUGAUCUCGCAGCUAGAUCAAUUUUUGAGCAACAUCCGGGAUUAUGUCAGGAGCAGGGUCUCCCACGAGUUCGAUUUGAGAUUUCAUCAAUAUGGCCGAAACGCUGUCAUGGGCGAGCUUGAGCCCACUUCGACUGUGCCAAAAGAGAUAUGCCUCUGUGGAGAGGUGCUGGCUUCUACACAGGCUCAAGCAACAUAUGUUAGUAGCAUUGCGCGACUCGCCUGUAUUCAUGGGCCAUAUCUACACCAACUAGCCACCGCUGGCAAUUUCGCAAUGCCAUUUCCACCCUAUGAUAUCCCAAUGGGGGAAGUAUGCGAGUUUUCGGUCUACCACAUUCUUGAGGAGAUCGAUCCCGUGGAGUUUUUUCCAAUCCAUCAUCAAGUCUUACCAGGUACUGGAAUCUUUGCAAGAGAAGUUGUGAAACGUGUAGUCGAUGAAAAAUCUGGCUCACUAGCCUCGAAGGCAGCUGCUGUCAUGACCAGGAGCCUUGAGAAAAGACCAUUUCUCAAGCCAGAUCUUCCAGAGGGGUAUUGCUACUUAGGUGAUAUCGCAUCUGUCAUUCGCACGAAGAAUGCUGGGCCCUACGAGCUGACUAUGGAUGUGAUGUUUGAUAACGAGGAUCUUUUCCAGAGGGUGAAGAAGAGCGGGGUUCUCUGUCUUGAGUCUAUCUUAAAACUAUAUGGAGUUUCUCAAGAGGAGGUUUUGGCCUGCUUAUUUUGGGAUCAAGCUCGAUCUUUCAAAGCCACUAUUAAGAGACCUUGUGUGUCUGGUCAGUUCGGGGACAUCGACAUGCACGGCUCUCAACAGCAUACUCCUCUCAUGUAUAUCGAAGUUCCGAUCGGUAUAGAUUGGGCUGAAGCAAACCAAGGAGGGAACAUAAUGUUAAAGCAUGAUGGAUGA